AUGGCAGACGUGCGAGCCUCAUCCCCUUCCGAACAAUCUCCACUACUACCUUCAUCACAACAAGAUGAAGAGCCAGCGGCUAGUCAUAUUAGCAUUUUUCGAGGAAUUGCUAUCGCUUUCUUCAUGGAGCUACUCAUUCUCAUCCAAACAACCAACAUUUCCAUGAUGACUACAGCCCAGUCUGCCAUUGCUGUUGACUUGGACGCUUUCGACCAGGCAACUUGGUUUACCUCGGCAUAUUUGGGCGAUUUCGACCAGAUUGCUGCGUCGAGUGUUACACCCUUGACUGGGCGACUUGCUGCGAUCUUCACACCUCGAGUCUAUGUCAUUUUCGCAAGCACAACACUCGCAAUUGGCUUGUUCCUUUCUGCUGCAGCACUCACAUUGCCGGUCUUCCUUCUGGGACGCGCAAUCGCGGGGCUAGGAAGUGGUGGCUUAAUGAGCAUCGCCAUCAUUUUGGCCGUGGAUCUUGCCUCGCCGAAACGUCGAGGGCUCUGCAUUGGCAUGAUCAAUGCGGGAUACACCACGGGCCUUGCUUCUGGAGCCGUAUUGGCAGGCUUGAUGGUCUCCUCUUUGGGCUGGCGUCUCCUAUUCUGGAUCCAAGCCCCAGCUGCGAUAGUUCUUGGGCCAUUGUUGUUCCUGGCCAUUCCUCCUCCGUCCAGUGCGUGUGCAUCUCUCGAUUCAAGAACGCUGAUGCAAAUUCUGUGGCGAGUUGAUUAUGCAGGCGCCUUGGCAUUGGCACUUUCUGUCGUUCUGCUUCUUUCCAGCUUAGCAUCUCCAACGGUUCUCAUCUGGCCGCUUCCUCUGGCUGCAGUGUCUUUCUUAAUCUUUAUCCUCAUCGAAUCGCGAUGGACCACGGAGCCGGUCAUUCCUGUCCGAUUAUUGCGUUCACGAGCGGUUCUGAUGACCUGCGUGGCAGGAUUAGGGUUAAUGAUGGCCCGAUGGGCGGUCCUGUUCUACAGCCCGGUCUAUGCGCUAGCUGUAAGAGGCUGGUCUCCUGCGUCUGCGGGUCUCAUAUUGGUUCCAACCAAUGCUGGAUUCGGGAGUGGUGGUCUACUGGUAGGUUGGCUACACAUUCGCAAAUCAGCCAGUUACUACCACUCUUGCCUUAUUAUUUUCGUUCUAUUCGCCGCCACCACGUUGGCCCUUUCUUGGCUGUCUACGCCCGAUUCCCCUGUCGCAUUGUAUAUCACAAUGACCUUCCUCAAUGGUCUCUUUGCAGGGUCUCUCAUGAACUACACACUCUCACAUGUCUUACACCUCACCAGCUCUGAGGUGCAUUACAUCGUGAGUUCUCUGAUCGCCAUGUCUCGGGGCUUCGCCGGUAGCUUCGGGUCAGCCGUCGCGGGUGGCUUCUUCACUCGCGUUUUAAAGAAGGCAUUGGAGACUGGAUUUGCACAGCACAAUAUAACUCCGAACUCCAAGUUGAUCAGAACCCUACUCGGCAGUCCAGUGACUGUAAUGAGCUUGACAGGAGCAGAGCGACAGAUUGCUAUCCAAGGAUACGAGCAUGCUGUUCGUAUGCUCUUCAUAGGGGGCAGUGUUAUAGCCUUGUCAGCAACUGCUUUUCAGGCGGCUACUGGAUGGACUCCGGAGGCCGAGAGGAAGAACCAACCUGACCACGCAGCGUAG